AACAAACAAACAAAAACAAAACUAACAUAGCCAGAGCCUAAAGGAGAGAGCAAGAGGAAUGACGAGAUUCUCUGUGUCUGGAGAUGAAGAAGAUGAGGAUGGACCCAUAGUGACACCCAGUAGUAGUACAAGAUUGAAACGACCCCGUUCUGUGCUAAACUAUUGCUCCGAGUGCUCGAGCGAAGAUGAGUUCAUUCUUCCUCGACCUUGUCAACGAGUAGACCUCGACCAAUCUUUUCAUGACGAGGACGAGGACGAAGACGAAGACGAAGACGAAGAACAAGAAAUAGAAGAAGACGCUCACGUAGACAUAACAAGAGUGGUCGAAGAAGAAGAACAACAAGAAGGCUACGUUUCUGAGCAUGAUUCCCCAUUGGUAGGUCGAAUUCCUACAGAUGAUUCUGUCUCAACCACCAGGGACAGAUCGAUUCCCGUCGUUUUGACCGAUCCAGAUGUUCUUGAUUGCUCUAUAUGCUUCGACCCCUUGACCCUUCCCGUUUUUCAGUGUGAGAAUGGACAUAUCGCUUGCUCUACCUGCUGCACUAGAAUUAGAAAUAAAUGUCCUUCCUGCUCUUGGCCCAUUGGAUAUAACCGUUGCCGGGCAAUUGAGAAGGUGCUGGAAUCAGUCAAAAUAGCAUGCUUGAACGCUCAGUAUGGCUGUAAAGAAACAGUUACUUACAGCAAGAAGAAAGACCAUGAAAGGAGUUGCACGUAUUCUCCUUGUUCUUGCCCGCUUCGUACCUGUGACUUUGUCUCUUCAUCCAAGGAGUUAUAUCUCCACUUCAACACUCAGCACUUGGACUCUGCUGUGCGUUUUGACUACAACUCAAGUUUUACUGUUACCUUGUUAAAUUGUGUUGAUUUCCUUGUUCUUCAAGAACGGAACGAUAAUGUCAUAUUUCUUCUUAACUCUGAUAUUGAAACUUUUGGAUACGUGGUCUGGGUUAGUUGUAUGUGGCCCUGCUCAUUUAAGGGUUUCUUCUAUGAUAUUCUGGCCAAAACCGAUGAAAGCUCUCUCCGAUUACAGUCUUUCACGAGCUGCAGUCAGGUUCGGGUUGCUACCCGUCCAUCAACAGGGUACCUCCUUAUUCCCAGGAAUCCUUCUGGUUAUGGCAGCCAACUCAAAUUGAAUAUCUGCAUACAACGUAAUGAUGCAGUUCCUGCUUAAAGAACUAUAUAGUCUGCUUAACAUUUUUGCAGCUUUAUUGUACAGAAUCCUAAUUUUUUUAAAGAAUGAUAGUCGUACAAGUUCUUUGUAUAUUUUUAAAUAAUAUAAUAAUGUCAAUGCUGAAACAUACUGGAACAUGACUUCCAGUCUCAUCACUCA